AUGAACCACAGAGCGAGGAUUCUACGGGACCGCAACAAUGUACAAAACCGAUGGCGUCUUUCCUACCCAGAACAGCCAUACACUGAAUGGUAUAAGAAGCCCAUCGGGAUCACUGAUCCAAACGGUGUGAUCUGCCGGACCAUUGUCUUUCCACCUCAAGGCCCUGUACCCGAUGAGCUCAAUUGUAUGCACCGCACGCAAAGCAUCGAUUUUGGCAUUGUCAUAGAAGGUCAGAUCGAACUACUCCUCGACUCAGGCGUGAAGACCACAGUACAGAAAGGAGGCGUUGUCGUGCAACGCGGAACAAAUCACCAAUGGAUCAAUACCUCCAAGGAACAGUGUGUGAUGGCGUUUGUGUUGAUACCAUCAAAAGAUAAGGUUAAGAUUGAGAAGACGGGCGAGGUUUUAGGCCCUACCGAAUUUCCCGAUUAUUGA